AUGGUCCACUCUGCGGCGUCAUCUUGUGCGAAUUCCUGGAGCACGAGCUUCAGCCAAAGCACGUCAGAAGCUGAGGAUGCCGACAACGAUGUGCAUUGGGAGCAAGACUCGGAUGAUGUAUUACUUGCCCCCAAGAACGAACCCUCGGAAGACGACGUGUUCCGCAUAGACGAUCUCAAAGAGGCGCCGAGGACGACUCCCGUACCGUCGUCCAGAUCAGUACAGCAAACCCCAACAAAGGCCAAGCGCCCACGAGGGCGGCCGCGGAAACAUCCAAUAGUGCCACCAAUAAGUAACACGAAGGUAGCCAAAGGAAGAUCAAAAACUGGCUGCAUUACUUGUCGGAAACGAAAGAAGAAGUGCGACGAAGCCAAGCCGAGGUGUAUGAAUUGCGAGAAAAAUGCCGUGGUAUGCGAAGGCUACAAUGAGAAGACUGUCUGGAAGAGUGGUAAGGAGCGAGCAGACGAAGAACGAAGAAGGCAAAGCCUACCGAUGAUUACCUUACAACCAAUUUUCCAAGGGGUUGAAACACCUGAAGAUAUGGUUUUCCUAAACCACUACAUCCAUCAACUUAGUGGCGUCUUGACCGUCGAGAGCCAUCAUAAGAACGCGUUCAAGGACAUGCUCCUGCAAAUGGCCGUUGAGCACACAGGCUUGAUGCAUUCCAUUCUCUCUCUCGCCAGCAGACAUAUAGACACCCAGCAAGAUCAAGGUUCUGCACUACUCGCCGCCAAUCCAAAGGUUUCUCUGGAAUCCUUGCAAAGCCGUUCGUUGUUUCAUCAUAACGCUGCCAUGGAUCGCUUCCACGAUGACAUUUAUCGGGAGCACAAUCGUAUGGAGUCUGGAGACAAGGUCAACAUCUCCUUUCGCUAUGCUCAGAUGCUCUGCCUGCUGCUGCAAACCAUUAUAGAAGGCAAUGCGACUGGGGAGCACCGAGUGCAUCUCCUCGCCUACAAACGGCUGAUACGAGACUCGCCGCCGGACGACCCGGCAUUCCUCGUCUUCAUCACAGAAUUCUUUCAGUUUCACGUCUUCGCAGAUGAACUCAUUCGCUACUCGGAUAUCAACGCACCUGAGCUGGCAUCCCAAGAUUGGGAGCCGUGGCUCCCCAUCAAGCCCGCCCGCAUGAUUGGCGUGGCAGACGGACUUUUCAAGCAUCUCUGCCAGAUCACCGCCAUACGAAAUGGCAUCAGGGCCAAUAUGAUUGCGGAAGCGGAUCCGGUUGUGGAUUAUGCCUCAUUAUACCAGGCUGCAGAAAUCGACACGGCGAUCCGCGACUGGACCCCAGACUGGCCUGCGGGAGAUAGCCGUAACCGAGUCGGACUUCUUUACCAGCAAAUGAUGUGGGUCUAUCUUUUCCGAACUAUAUAUCCACCGUCGUCGGCAUCUUCUAGCCACAGUGUGAUGAGCAGCUCGGUGGACAGCAUCGUGCCGGCUCGCUCACGGACGCCUCUACCUGCCCAACCACCAAAUACACCUCCACCAUCAGAGCGACCAACAAGCAGCAGGGCAUCGUCGCCGCCUUCAUCGCGCGACGACUCGCCAGCGCCUAUACGCUAUCCACCUCACCAUGACAGCAGGAUCACCACAGCAGUAGAUGAAGCGCUGGCGAUCAUGGUAUCGUUGGAUUCCAAAGACCCGUGUCAGAGGCUCUUGCUUAUUCCUGCUCUUGUCAUUGGUACCGCCUGCUUUGCGCCAAGCCAACGCGACAAGGUGCGGGUGGCUGUACGUCGCAUACGACAAUACACCGGGUUGCGUAAUUGCGACCGUGUGCUCGAAGUUUUGCAAGAAGUGUGGCGCCUGAUGGAGUAUGGAGAUUGGGCUCGUGUCUGGGACUGGCAAGGCGUAGCUCGAAGCAUGAACCUAGAUUUUUGCUGCGCAUAG